GCGGGACACAGCGGAGAAUGUAACAGUAAUGGUGGACCAACGGAGCUUGUAUUUGUUGACCUGGAUCUUUCUGACGAUUGUAGAUGGAGAUGCUGAGGUGUCCUGUGUUUUCAUGGAGAGAUGCGUCUUACCGUGCAGUUUCAAGAUUGGGAAUGAAAUCGUCAUCCACUGGUUUAACACAAAAAGAGACCUUCAUGUCCACUCAUUCUACUACAGCAGAGACCAGCUUGGAAACCAGGACCAGUACUACAGAAACAGGACUUCACUGUUCAAGGACCAGAUCCGCAGAGGAAAUGCCUCACUCCAGCUGACAAGUGUGGAGGUUCAGGAUGAGGGCAGAUAUAAGUGCCACACCAGCACCAUCAAGGGAAACCAGGAGUCAUUUGUCAACCUAAAAGUGGACGCUCCAGUUAAUAAGGUCACAAUUGAUCAGGUUGAAAACAGGAUCAGCUGCAGGUCAGAGGGGAUCUACCCUGAACCUCAGCUCUCCUGGUCCACCAGCCCUCCAUCCAACAUCACCUUCACUAACACCACCACAGUUGAGCGGACUGAGCAGCUGCUUUACAACAUCAGCAGCUCUCUGAUGCUUUCAGCCGGUGUUUAUGAUCUGCUCUUUAUCUGCACCAUCAGCACUCGCAGGAACAGGAGGAGAACCACUCUGCAAAGACUAUCUGAUAUCAGUGGUCCCAGCACUGGUGUGACAAUACCCUGCACCCCCUCAAACACUUCACUCACCAACUUCACCCUCCUCUGGAGAUUCAACCACACUCACACCAUCCUGAGCCAGUCCUGGACCGACGUCACCUACUCGGUGUCAGACCGGUGGAGGCAGAAGGUGGAGAAUGUGUCCAAGUCAGGCAGCCUCAUGCUAAAGGACUUAUCCACAAAGCAGGAGGGGAUGUACACCUGUAAGCUCAGUAAUGCUGAGGAGACGCACACCACCCACAUCCACCUGAGAAUAACUGAAGGGGCUCGCUCUAACACUGCAGUCAUUACUACAGCUGUUAUGUGUGGACUGGUAUUGAUCGGCCUGUCGUUCGCUGCCCUAAUCUACAUCAGGAGGCGACUGUGUAAUCUGAAGGAUUGAAAUUAUGGACGCUGAAGACGUUUUUUGAAAUCAUCCAUCAGGUUUUGAAGCCGAGCCUCACUCUAACCUUUGUUCAUAGCAUCAGCUGAGUUUACCUCAUCAUUGCCAACGUCUCUAAUACAUAGUUAACCUUUGUUUUCUGAUUUUAAAUAAUCUAAUUCCCUAUCAGCUAGUAACACAUUACUAUAAUCACAUUACUUUUAUGUGGGACGCUGUAAUGUAAUAUUACAUUGAUUCAUUAAUUGUACUAAAUUUACUAAUCAGACAGUUAAGAAAAGAUUCAUCAAUCAUCUGCAGGACAGUUGGAUAGAACAGCAAUAAUCACAUGUCUUCUUUUUCUGUGUAUUACAAUAUACAGCUACCCACUGCUGCUAACGCACCACAGGCACGCAGCCUUUGUAUCGUCGUCACAAACCAGGAUGGACUCUGUUUUGUUCAGAGUCACAACAAAGAGAAAUCUUAUUUUACUAACUCAGUGGUUCCCAAACUUUUUUUGCUGGGCCCCCCUUGUUUAACAAGAAAAAUGUUCGCGCCCCCCCACCCCCGCGCGUGCACGCGCGCACGCACACGCACAAACACAUCCUUCAAC